UAUUUGUUAUAAUUAUCACGCUCAUGUCAGCUGAAAUAAAGAAGCUUUAUUUGCAAAAGAAGGCAGGUAUUAUUUCAUGAGUGUCACCGGACAUACGUGUGUUAUUUGCUAGUCCCCUGCAGUAUUGAUAAUGAGGAUUUAUUAUGGCACAGUUGACAAUGAAUGCAAUGUGCAUGCGUUAGUGGGAGGGAUUAUCCACCAAGUAGGGCAAGUGGCUGAGGCUAAGGACUGCAAUUCCAUCCAGCCUAGUUCAUUUCAGUCAUCCGCUCAGCGCACCGACAGGGACAAGGAGAGCAAAUUCAGCGCUGCUUAUUUGUUAAAGCACCCUCCCUGUCUAAAAAAAAAAAAAAAAAAAAAAAGUACAAAAUGGUAAAGUACAUGCGACAGCACAGCGAGCUGAAAGCAGAAGAGGUCCUGUCGGAGUCUGAUGCGUCCAUGGACCAGCAGGAUUUCGGAGAGAUGUCCGACUAUUCUUUCAGCGACGUUUUCUACUCCAAAUGUUCCGCAAUGGACCAGAUCGGCACCUUCAUGAAGAACGUGCAAGUGCUGCUCGAUGCAGCCAAUUACAUUGAAAAUGUUGAGAAGAGCAACGGAAAAUGUGAGCAUGGGUAUGCGUCGACAUAUCCUGCAACCCAGGAGGCACAUCAACAGAAACAGCGUAAAUUCAAGAACAGGAAAUUGGACAAUAUUCACAAUAGGUCAGCACACAAUGAACUGGAGAAGAAUAGGCGAGCACACCUCCGCCUGUGUUUGGAGAGGUUGAAGUCUCUCAUCCCCCUGGGACCAGACUGCAGUCGGCACACCACGCUGGGACUGCUGAACAAGGCCAAAGCACAUAUCAAGAAACUUGAAGAGGUGGACCGGAGGAGUCAGCACCAGCUGGAGAACUUAGAGAGGGAACAGAGGCACCUGCAGAGGCAGCUGGCUCAGCUGCAGACUCACGGAGACAGGGAGAGGGUCCGCACAGACAGCACCGGCUCCCGCAUGGACUCCGACCGCUCGGAGUCUGACAGAGAGGAAAUUGAAGUCGACGUGGAAAGCACUGAAUUCUCCCAUGGAGAAAUGGACAGUGUAAGCACCAGCGGUGCGAGCGACCUGGACGACCACAGCAGCCUGCAGAGCUCAGCCAGCGACGAGGGCUACUCCACCUGCAGUCUAAAACUGGCCUUCUCUGCUUAAAGCACCAGCCUAUACUUUCACUCCAGCUGCAGUCUCUAAACGGCUUUCACCUUUCAGAGUACCAGCCUACAGCUCCAUCCUCCCCUAGAGUCUAGGUGUAACAGUCCUCAGAUGAAGAAAACCGGCCUCGGCCCAACCCGCACCCGACAAACGUCGCCCAAGAACCAGCCUUAAGUUCAGCUCAGUCUAAAAGUUUAAAAUGGUCUCCCUUUCAAAAAGUGGUUUUUCCCCACGUCAGUCUGGCGCACUUCCCACGACAGUCUCGAAUAACUGGUAAUAAAUACGCAGUUUACACAUUUUCUAAGCUGACUUAAUCGCCUGAAUGUCCCUUUAUCUAUUACCAGCUUCAAUCAGCAAUACCUGCACUCAGUACUGAUCCUGCAGAGGACCCCGCGAUCGCACCAGUGUCAAACACUGAAGGGGAGACUCUACCUUUUAGUCCAGGCGGUCCUCUGAAACCAGCAAAACACAGGAAGCCCCCCCAAUACCAGCUAGAAGCUCACCAUUGGGAACGUUAGCUUCAUUUGCCUUGUAAAAAACAUUGCCCGGUUUUUCUUUGGAUGACAAAUCCAGACAGCACUUCUUGUCGACGUACAAGCCGGUGGCAAGGGCUACAAAGUCUGCAUUCCAAAAUCGCCUGUGUAACCUCCGCUUUAGGAUCCACACUUUCCAAAUUGAUCCGCGUGGCGUCCCUCCUCGCGGGUGAAAUAAUCAUAUCCAAACGGGCGGCGCAGUCCGCCUUUGUUAUUCUAAUUUAUUUUGCAUACGAUUAUAGUAUUUAUUUUUGGUAUAUUUAACUGUACUGUAGCUAGGCCUUGGUCAUGCUUGAAUGGGAAACAAAAUCAUCUUUUCUUUUUUUUGUUUGUUUUUAAAUGUUUGUUAGACUCGAUGUAAAAAAAGACCCCGAUGAAUCAUAUGCAGUGCUGCAAGUUUAAUCCUGGUGUCAAAGAACGCUUUCACACCGUGCGCUAGUUCUAUUUAUUUAGACGGUAAUAACCUAACUUGCACUUGUCUAAGCACAAUGCUCAAGCAAUAACUCAUCUAGUUUGAUUAUUUUCUCAACAUUGGCUGGGCUUCAGCUCGUUACUCUGUCCAUCCAACUCCAAAUUACAGAGAUCGGUUUUCCACUUGCUCCGGUAGUAGCAUCAGCUACCAGUAAUCAGAGUUAAAACGAUUGUAAUUGACUUUAAACACUAUGGUGCAUGUGUAUUUGAAUGUUGCCUUCCUAAUCAUGUUGUCGUACUUUGGAUUGACUUACAUCGAUUAAGUCGCAUAAAAACGUCUGUAGCAUGAACACAAACACUACAGAGAACUGAUUUUGGUUUUAACAUGUUUAAUAUUGUAUCUUUUUUGUAUUGUAGCAGGAAAAGUACAAGUCCUCUUGAAAUUUGGGUUCAAUGUGUAUAUGGCACAAAUAGUUGCACUGCUGACCCGUUUGAAUCCAUGAAACCAAAUAAGACAUUUCAAUACGACCGUUUAUCCGCAUCGUUCUGGUCCAAGUCCUAAGUAGAUCACCACCAAAUUGUGUCUUAACAUGUGUACAUGACUCUUGCACAAAGUUCCUUGUUACAGGUCUUUUACCCCCCCCCCCCCCCUCCCAAUCCCCUAACCCCCCCCCCAACACGUGUGGGAAACUAUAAAAUGCACUAUGAAAAAGACUUUUGCUAAGGAAGUAUGUUGAAGCACACCCCAGAAUGUUUUCUUGUGCUUAAUCAGCCAUCCAAGGUGACUUUUUGCAAAACAUGUGCUGCUGGUCCCCUGCUAAUACUUUGUUACAGUUCCUGAUAUCUAUCCCUGGAAUCUUAAUAAACCUCUACCCACAGACAUAAACCGUGGUCGCCUUGCCUUUUUAAAGCCUGCCACUAACGCUCAGUCAACGUGUGCGACUUCUUUUACACGGACAGAAAACACAAGUGUCGCAUCAAUUGGGGAAAAACAUUUUCCGGCCCAUGUGCUGAGGGUCAAACGCUUGACAUCUCCCUCUCGAAGAUUAAGAGACUUAAAUGAGACAACAGGUUGUAUUAACAGCUGCAGUGGGCUGCUCAUAACAUGAGUUUAUUUAUAAAGGUACAAUUCUUUACUGCCACCUACAGGACGACAAUGAAAAUAUAUUGUAAAAACUGUGAAUGAGGUGGAAGUGAAUCUU